CUUGACAUGGCGCCGGGACCGAAGAAAAUUGUUAGUUUGGAGAAAGGAAAACUCCAGCCUCACGAGUUCGACAAGUAUGAGGGAGUCGUCUUGGAAACCGCUCACAUUCAGACACCAAUCGAGGAGAUCUACUUCACGGGGAACAUGUUGUCCAAGUAUGAAGCUUGCACCGACUCCUUGAAGGACAUCAUCAACACGGAUGGUGACAACGAAGAAACCUGGGAGAAGUUUGAUGAACACUUCACCAAGUUUCUCAACAUGAGUUGGGCUACAAAUUGGGAUGGAAUGAGAUACGACAUCGUCUUCUAUGGUGUGUCCGGCUACACCGGCUACCUCAUGAUUCAGUACUUGAAAAGAACAGCCCUGGUACGAAAUCGUGAACCUUUCACCUUUGCUUUUGCUGGAAGAACAGCAAACAAGGUGCGCGAGCUUCGUGAUCGGGAAUUUGCGGGUACUGAUUACGAGGACAUUCCCAUUCUGCAGGCAUCUUAUGACGACGUCUUUUCCCUUAUGGAUUUGUGUCGAAGUGCUCACGUCAUUGUGAACGUCGCAGGUCCAUACAUGCUCACGCAGGGAGAGCUUCUGCUGGAUUGCUGCUGCCGCUGUGGCACUGACUAUUGUGACGUCAGCGGAGAGAUCCCAUGGUCUCAUCGGACCUUAGCUUUGCAUGAGCAAGCCCGCAAGAACAAGGUGACUCUGGUGCCCAGUGCAGCUGUGGCUGGUGGCUAUCCGGAUCUAUUGACCUUCCUACUGGCCAAGAAAUUGAGGGAAGAGCAUGGGGAGGAGCUGCGGCGAGCCAUAGUGUACUUCAAUGGUGGUGGUGCAGUGGGUGGAGCGUCUGGAGGCACUUUAGCCAGUCGUGGUGCGAUGAGCAAUGCUAGUGAUGAGACUCGAAAGCUGAUGGCAGAUCCCUUUGCGCUGGGAGGCUUCAUUCCAAGCUUCGACAGGAAUGGUAUGAAGGAGAUGAGUAUCCAGACGGGUACUGGGAAAGUGACCCACCGGGUUCGCCGAGAGGAUACGGAUGCAGCCCUUUCCAAGGUCUCGCAGUGCCCAGUUACAGGCAUCUACAGAGCUCCCCACAUGUAUUCUUAUUUCGACACGCGCAUUGUGCGCCGCUCCAAUGCCCUACUUGCAGAUUUGGCCAACCAGCCAUAUGGAAAGGAAUUCAACUUCCAGGAGUUCAUUAGGUUGCCGCCAGAAGUCGCUCAGCAAGCAGCAUCUGGAACGAAAGCAGCUGGCCCUUCCGUUGCAGAUGAGAAGGCGGCCUUGAAAGAGGCUGGCCUGUACUUUGCACAAGGUUCAGGGCCAGACCUGAACAAAUUGGAUGAUGCCUGGAUAUGCUUGAACUGCGUGGCUGAAACAACUGGCGGUCAUCAAGCGAGGUGUGGUGUGGUCGGCAGAGAUGGCUAUUUUGAGACUGCAAGAUGUGCCAUUGAGAUGGCCAUGACGCUACGCUUUGAUAAGCAAAGUCUGCCGGUGGUGGGCGGUGUGCUGAAUGCCACGGUCGUGGGCCAGACCUGGUACGCAGAUCGCUUGAUCAACAGUGGUGUCAAGUGGCGAAUGGGAGGCUGGUUUGACUUUGAGGAGAUGACCCCGCCUCCAUACUGAGAGAGCUGCUAAGAUCUUCCAAGCUUGGAACGUUCAAAUCGUAACAGCUAUGGCCAUUGAUGCAAUGCCC